AAUUAAUGAUGCAACUAAAUAUUAUGCACAAGCUGCUGAAUAUGGAUUAGAAUUAAUUAGUAAAUAUAAAGUACCAUUUCAAUCAGAAGUAAAGAAUGUACUUUCAAAAGCAGAAUCAUUAAAAUCAUCACCAUCAACAACAACACCUACUACUACUAUUAUCACCUAUUAUAUUACAUCAUCAUCUAAUAAUAAUAAUAAUAAUAAUUUAAAUAGACCAUUAUCAAUAUCUCCAACAAGUAAUCUUCCAUCUUCAUAUUCACCAACAUCACCUAAUAAAUAUAAUCAUCACCAUCACCAUCAUCAUCGUAAUUCAUCAUCAAAUAAUUCAUCAUCAAAUAAUUCUAAUUCUAAUAAUAAUAGUAUUGAUAUUGAUAAUUUUAAUUUUAGUUCAUUAAUAAUACCAUCUACACCAUUAACACCUAUUACACCAUCAAGUGCAUCAUCUGUAUCAUCUGUUUUAUCUUCUAAUAAUAAUAAUUCAUCAAUUAAUCAUUCAUUAAAUACAUCAUCUCCAUUUGAAAGAUCAUUAAUAAGUACAACUGUUAAUGGUGCUGUUAUUAAUCAACAACAACAACUAUCUAAUAAUAAUUCAUCAUCUAUAUCAUCAUCAUCUAUAUUAAAUAAUAACAAUCAAACAAAUAAGAUUAAACCAAUAACAGAUGAAGAAAUUCAAGUAUUAAAAUAUUCAAGUGUAAUGCAAUCAGGAUUAUUAUUAUAUCCAUGGAAUGAUGAAUUAGAUUUAAAUGAAAAUUUUACAUUUUCACAACCAUUUAUAGAUCAACAAUUUAAUAAUGUUUUAUCAAAAGAACAAUUAUCUAAAUUAUAUAAAUGGUUAAGACCACAUGAAAUUAUUGAAAUGAAAUUAAAUCAAUUAAAUAAUAAUAAUAAUUUAAAUCAAUCUAAUGAAAUUAAUCAAUCUAAUGAAAUUAAUCAAUUAAAUAAUAAUAAUAAUUUAAAUCAAUCUAAUAAUCAAUUAAAUAAUUUAAAUCAAUUAAAUAAUAAUUUAAAUCAAUCUAAUCAAUUAAAUAAUUUAAAUAAAUUAAAUAUAUAUCCAACAUUAAUAUAUCAAGAUGAAAUUAAUGAAGAGAAUAUAGUACAAUCACAUGUAGUAACAGAUUGUUCAUUUGUAGCAAGUUUAUGUGUAGCAGCAUUAUAUGAAAGAAAAUAUAAAAAGAAAUUAAUUACAAAUUCAAUUUAUCCACAAGAUCCAAUAACAGGUAAACCAUUUUAUAAUCCACAUGGUAAAUAUUCUAUUAAAAUAUAUUUUAAUGGUGUUGCUAGAAAAGUUAUCAUUGAUGAUAAAUUACCUGUUGAUAUAAAUGGUAAUUUAUUAUGUUCUUAUUCUACUAAAAUGGAAGAAUUUUGGAUUAGUUUAAUGGAAAAAGCAUAUAUGAAAGUAAAUGGUGGUUAUCAAUUUCCAGGUUCAAAUUCAGGUAUUGAUUUAUAUGCUUUAACUGGUUGGAUACCUGAAGAAGUUAAAAUUAUUUUAAAUAAUAAUAAUAAUACUUCUAUAAAUGGUAAUAAUAAUACUUCUUCUAUAAAUGGUAAUAAUAAUAAUAAUAAUACAUGUAAAUCACCCAAUAUGAUGAUGAUGAAUAAUGGAACACAACAAUAUCCUAUUAAUAAUCAACAACAAGUAAAUACAUUUGAUAAAGAAUUAUUAUGGAAAAGAAUGCAUGAUGGAUUUCAAUUAGGUAAAUGUUUAAUUACCAUAUCAACUGGUCAUUUAGAUAAACAAACUGAAGAAUUAGUUGGAUUAUAUGCUAAUCAUGCUUAUGCUAUUUUAGAUGUUAGAGAAAUUAAAUUAAAUACUUCACCUAUUACUAUUAAUAAUACUAAUACUAAUACUACUAUUAAUAAUAAUAAUAGUACUAGUAAUACUUUAAAUAUGAAUAUUAAUAAUAAUUUUAAUAAUUUUAAUAAUAAUUUAAAUAAUAAUAAUUUUAAUAACAAUUUAAAUAAUUUAAAUAAUAAUAAUAUAAAAAGAUUAAUUAAAGUUAAAAAUCCAUGGACUAAAAAAGGAUGGAAAGGACCCUAUUCACCCUAUGAUAAACAAAUAUGGACAGAUAAAUUAAAAAAAGAAUUAGAAUAUGAUGCAAGUAUUUCUCAUCAAGAAGAUAAUGGUAUAUUUUGGAUGAAUUAUGAAAGUUUAUUAAAAUAUUUUCAAACUGUUCAUUUUUCAUGGAAUCCAGAUUUAUUUCCAUAUAGAGAAAUAAGACAUUCAUUAUGGGAUAAUAGAAUGAUAAGUUUAGAUGGUACAGAUCAUUAUACAAUGAAUGGUAAUCCACAAUUUAGAUUAAAAUUACAUGGUAAAGGAAGUGUAUGGAUAAUGUUAACUAAACAUUAUACUUCAUUAGAAGAAAGAGAUCGUGAUUAUUUAACAUUUCAUAUACAUAGAGGUAGUUCUUCUUCUAUUGGUGAUACUACUGUUUUUAAACAAGGUAUGGAUAGAGUUUUUUAUAAUGAAAAUACUCUCAUUCAUAAAGGAAGAUAUUCAAAUGAUCCACAUUAUAGAAUUUGUUUAAAUUCAGAUGAUUCUAAAAAUAGAAAGAAAUCUAUUAAUUUAAAUUCAAAUUUAAAUUUAAAUUCAUCAUCAAAUAAUUCAUAUAAUUCAUCAAAUAAUUCAUCAAAUAAUUCAAAUGAUGAUUCAAAUGAUCAAUUAUCAAUAUUUAGAAUAGUAUUAUCACAACAUGGAAUGAUACAAAAAAUGUUAGAGAUUCAUGGACAAGUAAUACAUGUGGUGGUAGUUGUAAUCAAAUUAAUACUUUUAGAUUAA